GGCGAGUGGUGACAGACGAGGGGACUGGAAAAGCACAUAAGAGCCAUCGUGGGCAGUGCAGGCCAGGUGCAGGCGUGUGCAGGGCGUGGUGGCGGGGCAGGCCCUUCAAGCAGGCCGCCGGGUGACGUCACGCUCACCAUGCUCCACACGGCCGCAAAUCCAUAUAUAAGCGCAAAGUCUGUGAAACAUUUCAAUAUCCCUGCGAGGCCAGCGCUGGGCCGCCACAAGGCCACACGCCCUUGCUAAAAUAUUCCCCUGCCCCCUGGCGAGGCGUGUGAGGGUGUGUAGGGCCUUGGGGAGGGCGUGCGGGCGGCCAGUGCAGGAACCGUCCCCGGCCCAGCAGGAGGUGACGAGGCUGUCUGGCCCAAACACUGGCAGCCAGCGAGGUGGUAAUGGCGUGCGUGCUGAGCCAGGCCAGGCGGGGCGUGAGGCCAGCCGCCCCCAGCCUGUGAGGCGUGGAGGCCGCGGGACCAUGCGUGAGGCCCCCGUCAGGCGGGUGCUGCUGCCAGACCUCCCGCCCCUGCUGCCGUGCCACACCGUGCCCGCCCCGUCAGCUGACCUGGCCCCCGUGCACGGCGCCAGGGCCAGGACCGCCCACGCCCACGCCCACGCCAUGGAUAAGCGGGCCGCGGGCGAGGGUGUGGCGGAGGGCGGGGUGGCCGCCGAGCUGAGGGACAAGCUCUCCCUCAGGGGCGGCGUCAACGGCAUCAAGCUGGGCACCACGGACGUCGAGGUGCACGUCCCCGCCCUCAAGUGCCGCCCCCCCGCCGUGCCCACCGUGCCCCCCCCGGAGGAGCCGUGUUCAGAGUCUAGUCAGGAGUCCAAGAGUGACCUCAAUGGUGCGGUGUGCAACGGCCACACCGUCUCAGAGGCCACCAGCAGCGGCAGCAUUGCCGUCUCCGACACCUUUUCCCUGGCCUCGGAGCGCUCGUCGGACUCGUCGCAGUCGCUGUGCGGGGCGCGGCCCAGGACCCGACACACCUCCGGGGGCUCGUCGCAGGGCACCCAGAGCACCCCAGCGCAUGACCUCAGCCUCAGCUCCGCCAGUGACAGUUUAGUGACUCCGGAAAUAUGCAUAAGUCCCGUGCCUGCGGCGGCGGCGGUGGCGGACGACCUACAAGUGGAGUACAUUAAUUACGAGAACGAGUUACAAAUGUCCGCCAUAAUGAGGCUAAUCCAGAAGGACCUGUCUGAACCUUACUCUAUAUACACGUAUAGAUAUUUUAUACAUAACUGGCCCAAGCUGUGCUUCCUGAGACAGAUUGUCCAUAUCCGGGUAAAGUAUGAUGCUCUUCCACAUGACAGUUUUCUUCACUGGAAAACAGCUACAAAAGAACUACCGGCUGUCUCAAACGGAGAGGUGGUGGGGGCCAUCGUCUGUAAGCUGGACGUGCACAAGAAAGUCACGGUCCGGGGCUACAUUGCAAUGCUUGCCGUCGAUCACAGGUUUCGCAAAAGAAAAAUUGGGUCAAACUUGGUGCAGAGAGCAAUCCGUGCCAUGGCCACCGACGACGCUGACGAGGUUGUGUUGGAGACGGAGAUCACCAACAAGCCGGCUCUCAGGCUGUACGAGAACCUGGGCUUCGUCCGCGACAAGAGACUCUUCCGGUACUAUCUUAACGGGGUGGAUGCACUGCGGUUGAAGCUGUGGCUCAGAUAAGAUCAAGACUACUAAGUGUGUGUGUGUGUGCAUACAUGUGUGUGUUGGUCCUAAAAUUUGAGCUGGGCAGAGCUGUGCCAUCGCCCUGCCCCUCCCUGCCCUGCCACACCGUGCCACGCCACGGCAGAGAACUCCCUGCAGUGGCAUAUGGUUACCACGCGUGAUCUGAAGGUUUGGUUUGUGCUCAUACAGAUUGGAGUCUGAUCUAAGUCACAUAUUUCUGUUCUUAAUUUUUAGUAUUCUCUUUGAUUUGCAUGAAAAAAAAAAAAAAAAAAGUCCUUGUCUCUGAUGGGAUGGUUCAGGCUGAUUGCUAGACUUCAGAAAGGCAUUUUUUUUUCAUACUAAGUCAACUUCUCUGCUGUGAAUGUUAAUCUGGCAUCAACUGGUGACUGCCGGCUGAAUACCAUGCAGUGUCCAAGUGUAGGCCGGGUGAUGCACGCAGAGUUUAGUAAGCAGUUUCACCCUGAGGAAACACCAUGGCUGAGAGACAGGCUGUGGAAACAUGAACACAUUUAGAUACAUUUAUUGAAGAACAUGGUGGGACGUGGGGUUAGUAAUGAUGGUAGUAAUCUUAUUAAUUGUAAACCCUCAAUUUAAUGAACUGGCAAUAGGAGGAUACCGUCAGGAUGGCCAGUCUGUUCACUUAAGCUGGAUCUGUCCCGGCUGUGGCUGGAUCUCUCGCCGAGUAAGGAAGGUCGCUGCUGCUUGCCUGUUGGCUGGCAUCUCUGUCACCCAUCACUGGCUUAAGUUCAGAAAAUAUUAACAUUUCUUUACUUAGCUCAUCUGUUGGACAAGAUAGGUAAAUAUUGUCAAUGCCAUUGGAUUAAGUAGUGAUUUUACAACCAUCACAUGAUUUUCAAAAUUUGUUAGUGUAAAGAAGAAGUAACUAUGGUGAGCAGAAGUUAGAGAAUAACAUUUAAUGUUUAUACCACUUUUACAAAUCCUUUCUCGUCUCCUCUUAUAUUUCACUUCAUCUAAAAUCUGAUCGUACCAUUGUAUUCAGGAGGAUUUUAUGUCCUAGAACAAACUUUAUUCUAAAAUUGAUUGUUAUUGUUGCAAAUAGUAAGUAAAGAGUGGUAUAAAUAUUAAAUGUAAUUCUGACACACCUUGAUAACUAUUUUUCACCCUAAUGAGUUUUGAACAUGAUGUUAUGGUUGUACAAUCUCUGCUCAGUCUAAUGGGACCAACAAUAUUUACCUAUUUUGUAUAAAAGAAUAUGCAUGUUUUCUAAGCCUGGGCUGGUGUGUUGGGCGAGGGAGGUGUCAGGCGCCUUGCCGCCAACCACCAAUCAGCAGCAUCCCUACUUACUCGGCUGUGAGCCAGGGAGCCAGCCUCAGGGGAUGGACUAUAUUAAGAUAAAUCACCAGAAAUGAGUAACAUUCAUGUAAUGAAUGAAAAAAUAUAGCGGAGGUUCUUAGUUGAAUGCUAAUUGCUAUUCAUUUACAAAUUCUGAUGUCUACCUCUGGAACUUCCACAAGAGAAUACCUACAAGUCUCCUUUCACUCUUGUCUGCAGACUUAUCUCUCUACACCUUCAAUUUCCUCUUGGAAAUAAUGCUUCUUCAGUUUUUCUACCAUCUCAUUGUCCACACUUCUCCCUCCUGCAGGCUGUCCCCUGGACUGCCCACAUGCUCCAUUAGAGGUGUGGUAAAGAUCUGGAGAAUGUGCUACUUUUGUUUUGAACAAAUAUGAAUAUUUUGGAAAUCAGUAGUUUUAAUUGAUGACAAAUUUUCAAGUUAACUAACCCUGCCAAAAUAACUCAACCAAUGUCCCAGCCUGGCCAUUUGUGGCAUGUUGGCCUGGCCACCGUGGAGGCAGUGGACAUAAACAAUGACACAUCCUCCGACCUGCGCUCAUUAACUUCCAUAUACUCUUAUGAAAAACUCUGAAAUCCACAUUUUAGUUAUCCAUUGAGUUACUUGAACCUAUUCCUAAGGUGAGAGGAAAGUGGAUGGUUGUGUUGAGAUAAUGUUCAGUACACAUGCCAAAUCUUCACCAGGAGUGUUGGCUUUAUAGCCUCAGUCAAGUAAAAAAUACACAAAAUCUUGAAAAAAUCCUUACUUUUACUGUUACUAAUAUCAGUCUUGAAUUCAAGCUUUUACAUUUAUAAGUUUGGUAGGCAAAAGUACUAACACUUACCACUUUGUUACCCUAACCCAUCUUACUCUGCACAUGUAGAGGAUCACUUCCUGCUGCUUCACCACCCUGGUGUCCUCCCCUUUUGGAAAUGAACAGUGUGGUGACGUGUUACUUUCAGCCUCCAUUGAAUUAAGGGUUUACUUUAGUGCUGGGCUGAGUACUUUGAGCAAUUGUACAUGGCAGACCCUGCUAGUGAGCAGCUUCAAACAGCUGGGCUACAAAUAGUGGAUGCUAACUCACCCACUGCCAAGCCCCACCCUCUCCUGGUAAUGUCAGAGGCUGUGAUAAGGCAGAGGAACGGAAAGGCAGCACAGUACAACUGCAGGUGAUGUCUGGAUGACUGGCAUGGCCCUCAGUGUUAUGUACUCACUCAGCUUACAUGUAUGGCGUUAUCAAUACCUGUCUGAAAGACAAAGAUUCAAAUCUUAAAAGUUGCCUGUGCUCCCUGUCUUUAUGGAUGUGAGACAUUUACACUAAAUAGGGACUUGAAAAGGCAAAUUGAUGCCUUUGGUAAUAAGUAUUCGACAGAGUCAUGGGGCAUUGCUGGAAUGAUGUAGUGUCACUUCAGUGAUUACUCCAGGUCACAAUUGAGGCCUGCUAUCUGCAUAGACCAUCAGUGCCAACUCCUGCCAAAUGGGCACGUGGCACAUUACUCAGCCUUGUUCACUGGGUUGUUCCUGUAAGAGACAAUCCUGUGUGGAGACAGCCAAGGGGACACCCACAACACUUGUGGCUUCAAGUUGAUUAAUCCUGCCUUGAGUUACUGGGGAAGGGAAGGCAGCCGGCACAGAGACUUGCUCAGGGGAAUGGCAUUGUAGGACAGGCAAGGCAACGUGCCCCUAAGUGUCUGCUCCCCCCGAUUGAUUGGUUUAGUAGUGCACGUUAAAGCAAGGAUUGCGUUGUUACCAAAUUAUUACAUAGCUUGGUUUUGGGCAGCAUAUUUGCUUUUUCAAACCUCAAUAAGAAUUUUUGACGGUCAUUGGAUUUUCCCAGUUUUUGCUAGAUGCCAUCCAGUGUGUGGAGAAUGAAUAUACUGUAAUGUUUUGGUAUCUGUUGAUACCAAAACAACACAUCUGCUGAAAUCCUUGAGGCCAAUUUUGAGCAAAAUAAUACCCUAACUGAAAUGAUGUGGAUGUUCCAAAAGUCAUUGUUGGGGAGGGAAAGACUGAAUAUGCUGUUGUAAAAUUCAGCCAAUGUUUUUUUAAGUAGUCAGGACAAUGAGUUGAAUUAACAGCAUAUCUUAACUCCUCCCACCCCUGUUGCCAGCAGUGUGGUGGGAGGAGGGUACAGAGCUGCAGUGACAGAGCCGUAGCAGAGUGGCAAGAUUCAGGGACAGUAGUGACUUGUUGAUUGUUUUUGAUGUAUGUAUUAGAGGGAGAGUUUAGACAAACAUGUAGUGCAUCAGCAGGAAUCAGGGAGAACUGUUGCUGUUUUCUUAUGUUAUGUAAUGAAGCUUGGGCCCUGAGCUGCUGUGUGUCAGGAGGGUUGAAAGCUUCAUAGCUGCACCAGGGAGUGUCAAAAAGGUAGUGAUGGACGCUGGAAGAGGACAAUGUAAACAUGCAUAAUUGAUGGAUAAAGGUCUCACUCUUCACAUUGAUAUCAUAAACCAGCCUUGAACACCCAGUCCAUACCCAGCAAUGACUAACAAGAUCUAACCUUUCCCAGCAUCCACCCAUCACAUGUAACCCGAGUUGGAGUGUUUCUCGCUUGGAUUGGGCAACGAUAUAAACUGUAUGGAGGUGAUGAGGCUUAGUCCAUGUUCUUAGACAUAUCGCUCUCCCAUGAUAGCUAUUUUCUAAGCUCAAAGAGAAGAUUAACUGGAUUUUCAUGGGUCAGUUAUCCUGAUCAAGGUGCAUAAGCUGGGUAAAACUAUCACCAGGAUCACAAAACAGUCCAUGAGAAGCCCAGCAUCUUCUACGAUAGGCUUUUCAAACAGGCAAACUGAGGUGCCGAUACGUUUAAGAACAUUUCAACAUCAAUGUGAACAGACUAUAAAUGAGGCCGCCACAUGUGUGGUGCAUCCAGACUAGUAGGGAUGCCAGCCGCCGCCUCAACCAUCACCCCAAACAUGCAAGGUAGAGCUCAGAAGUGUACAUAGUCAAUACACUCGCACACAGACACUGCGCACACACACACACACACACACACACACACACUAGUAGUAGCCUUGCCAGCACCCUUCAGAGGUGUGUGGGGGUGCCAUAUAACAGCCCUCUCACCAUUCCUACCUCGCCCCUCCCCUGCCCCCUCCCUGCUGUGUCCCCCACCUCCUGGCACUCCAUAGAGGAAGUAGUGCCAUGGGCCUCAUCAGCUACCCAAAGAACAGGCCGUGCCCCCAAUACUUAGGUUAUUGCUGCCUUUGGAGAGAAUGAAGAAAAAUACAAAAAUGUGUGACGCUGUAGAAUUGCAUAAUUACAAGUAGUGAAAUAUUAUGUUACCGAGCUGAUUGGUGAUGCAAAACAAUAAUUAAUAAUGUGCCAUGAAUACAUUACGUUGCAUUGUUUGUGGUUAGCAGUUUGUGCAGUGCUGGCGGAUGAGAGGGAGGGAGAGAGAGAGCAAGUAUGAAAGAAAAUGUAAGCAAGCUACAGAGUGAGUGGCUGUAUGAGAGGCAGGAGUACAUGAGUUGCCUCACUCACAGGGUCAAUAUUGUAUAUUAAUAACUUAACAGAAGCUUUUACUGUGCAAAAUGAAUGCUAAUUUUUUAACAAAUCUUCCCUCUUGAUUUUAUGAUUUGUACAAGGACGCCAAAGUGUCCGAGCUGUGAGUGAGCGUGUGCGUGAGAAGAGACAUUGUCGGCCGCCCGCUCCCUCACUCUGUCUUGUCAUAUAGUAACGUGUUCAUGAGCAUCGCAUUAAGGUGUGUUCUAGGGUGUGUUUGGUCACCACACGUCAGCCAACACUGGUGGAGCGAGGGAGCCAGUGGUCAUGGCUGAGCAACACACUUAAAGAUAUAUUUUCUCUGAUAUGUGUUGCACUUUAAAAGUGUAAUAAAAUGUACCCUUAU